CCGCAUAGAAAAACGUAAAUAGUAAGCAAAUUGGCUAAUCACAGUCGAGUAUUCUUGAAAACGUAAGGUAAUCAUUUGGCUAAUUUUCUAUGUGACAUGCUGCUAUAGCCUUUAUGCCCGUAUCAGACCACACAUUGAAAAUUGAAAUUUGACCAAUCAAGACAAAGAACUUUUCCAUCUUUAAGCCGCAAUCUUCAAUGCGUAGUUUGAUACCAGCUUUACUAUAAUCCAUUAUAAUCGAGAAUCGCAAGAGAUAUUUCUCGAUAAUCUCGAAUUAUAUGAUUGAGAAUUUCACGUGUAUCAUGUGACAGGUGCACGUGUAAAUUAAAGGUUAUAGUUUUGAAUCUAUUUGAUACAGUGCAAGAGUAACAAAUGUUUAUUGUAAAAAAUAUUUUUUAUUAUAUAAAGAUCCGCAUGUCUCAGCAACGAAUAAUAUGAACGAUUUUAAUCUUAAAUAUAACAAUGAGCCAAUUUAUUACAUUACAAGUUGGUCAAUGCGGAAAUCAGAUAGGAUCAGCUUUCUGGCCCUUAGCUUUGCAUGAAUAUGGCAUCCAGACUACCACUGGUGGUGUAAAUUUACUUACAAGACAACGAAAUCAUGUCAAGCAUAUCAAUGAUUUGUCUGAUGCGUUUCCUAGUUUUUUUUAUGUACCAGACAGUAUAGAUAACUUGAAUUUUCAAAGUGUAGCUGACUUAAACAAGGCCAAAGUCAAAGCUAGACAGGCUGUUCUAAUUGAUAUGGAAGACAGUGUUGUAUCUAGGUUUAAACAAGGCCCAUUGCGUCAAUUAUUUGACCAAACAUGCACUGUAACCAAUUAUCCAGGAUCUGGAAACAAUUGGGCAAUAGGAUAUCAUGUUCAUGGCAAAGAAUAUCAUGAUCGUUUAGAGGAAAGUAUAAGACAUGUAUCAGAAAAAUGUGAUAGAUUACAUGGGUUCUUGUUAACACAUUCAUUAGGGGGUGGUACUGGAUCUGGAUUAGGUACAGCAACCUUAAAACUAUUAAAAGAUAAUUACCCUCAUGUGGAAAGGAUUGUAUCGUGUGUAUAUCCUGCAAAUAUGCAAGAUACUGUAACUGCACCUUAUAACACUUUGCUCGCAACUCAAGAACUUGUAGAACAUGCCACAUGUGUAUUUCCUGUAGAAAAUAAAGCUCUCUUAGAUAUAUGCAAUGCUCAAGUGAAUAAACGAGAGAACACAACUCAAAUGAAUUAUAAUGCCUCGUGUAAACCAUUUCAAGAUAUGAACAGUAUUAUUGUCAGUAUGCUUUUACAUCUAACCAGUGGAUCCAGAUUUCCAGGAAGUUUAAAUAUGGAUAUGAAUGAAGUGGCUACAAAUCUAGUACCUUAUCCAAAAUUACAUUAUAUAUUUAGUAGCAUCAGCCCUAUAACUUUAUCUGCUCCAAAUAUGUGCUCUAUGCAAGAAAUAAAAUUGCAGGAUGAAUUGUUCACUAAUGCGUGGUCGCGAAAUAAUCAAUUGAUUAAAUUAGAUCCUCUUCAGCCUACCUCUGUCAUUCUUGCCGCUGCACAUAUUGCAAGAGGAAAUACUACUUUAAGCGAUAUGAAACGAAACAUUGAAAGGUUUCAAAACAAGUCAAAGUUUACUUCGUGGAGUAGAGAUUGUAUGAAAAUAGGAUUAUGUUCCAUUCCACCAGCAGGACACUCUUCAUCAUUGCUGUGUCUUCUUAAUUCAUCAACCAUGUCUUUACUAUUUAAAGAUAUAAUUCAAGAGUUUUCUAAAUUGUAUAAAAAAAAGGCACAUGUUCAUCAUUAUACACAAGUACAUGGAUUUGAAGAAACACAUUUCAUGGAAAGCAAAGAAAAUAUUCUCAAUUUAUACGAAUGUUAUACAGAAAUACGCAAUAUGGAAGAAACAAAUAUUUCUAGAUUACAAAUAAGUUAAACAGUUUGUAAAAACACCUGCAGACAGAAUAGAAAUGUAUCAUAUUGUUUUCAUAUGCUGCAGAAAGAUUUCUUUGUAUUUAUUAAUAUUUAUUAAUCUUUCUAAUAUAUAUGUACAACAUAAUACUAUUUUAAUAAAAAUUAUAAUUUUAAAGAUAAUGACAAAAUUCUAUUAGUACGGAAUUGAACAUCUAUUGUAAGUUUUGUCAGUAAAGCUGUGUUAAAUAUUUCUGUCGCAUCA